GGUCGAUAAAAAGACACAAACUGCACUGUAUAUAUAUAUUAAAUGCAAAAAAUUCCACCUCCAAUUGCGUUUCAUGCAAUAGUGCAAAACUCGGGAAGGCAACUCAGCUGUUUCUGUUUACUAAACAAAGGAGACCAGUUCAUCAGUGAACGGCAAACAGUACGUUUGUACGUUUUCACAUUGUGGCCUAUUUCAGGCCCCCCCAUUUAUUAUCCCUCCUCAUUUACUAACAAAUAAUAGUCCAAAAAAACAAAACAAACAAAACAAAUUUAUAAUUUUUACAUUUUCUGCAAUUUUUAUUUUAAUUAAAUAUCAUAAAUUGCUGCUGCAGUAGUUGUGAAGAUAAAUAAAAUUAGAAAAGAAAUUGUUUUUUUUUUUUUUUAAUUAAAAAUAUUGUGCUGUCUUGAACUAGAAAAAUAAUUAAAUAUUUUUUUUUUUUUAAUAUUUAAAUUGUGUGCUUGAAGAGGAUAAAAAGGUGCAACUUCGAGGGACAAGGAAUUAUUUGUAAAACAACGUUAAACAACAAAUGCUUUAAAAAUGCCGUCUUUGCUGGAAGCAUUGGAGCUUAAAUAUGGAAACACAAUAAAUGAUUGUUCAGAAUGUUCAUUAACAGAUGAUGAAACAGAAUUAUCAGUAUCACCAAAAUCAGCAUUAUCAGUUAGUAUAUUUAUUCCAAAAAAAUCACCACGUCAUACUGUACCAGCACUGUUAGUAUUGCAAGAUUGUAAUAUUGAAUGUGCUGGUAGUGAUACUGAAAAACUACGUAAUAAAUGUAAAAAUGUUGAAGAACUUGAUCUUGCACAAAAUAAAUUAUCAAAGUGGAAUCAUGUAUUUGAAAUAUUACAACAUAUGCCAAAAAUUAAAUUUGUCAAUUUGAGUUUUAAUAGUUUGGCUGAUAAUAUUAUUAUUAAAAAUAAUAAUUAUUUAUCAUUAAAAAAUUUAGUAUUAAAUGGUACACGUGUAUCAUGGUUAACAGUACAACAACUUGUAAAUUUAUUAAUUAAUCUUGAAGAGUUACAUUUAUCACUGAAUGAAUUUAAAACAGUUGAUAUUGAUUAUAGAAAUAAUGAUAAUAUUAAUAGAUCAUUAAAAAAAUUACAUUUUACUGGUAAUCCAAUUGAACAUUGGUAUGAAAUUGCUAAACUUGGUUAUGCAUUUCCAAAUUUGGAAAGUCUUGUUUUGGCUGAAUGUCCAAUAACAUCAUUGUCGAUGAAAAAUAAUAUUAAUAAUAAUUAUGAUAAUAAUAAAAUUGAUAUUAUUAGAAAUAAUGAUGGUAAAAUUAAUGAUGAUGAUGAUGAUAAUGAUGAGUUGUUUAAUAAUUGUGAAUUUAUAACAGCAGCAUCAGCACAUGAUCCAUUUAAUAUGUUGAGAUUUUUAAAUGUUAAUGGUACACUGUUAUCAGCUUGGGAUGAUGUUGAAAAAAUUGCUAGAUUUCCAGCUUUGAAAUCAUUGAGAAUGCAAGGGUGUCCACUUUUUGAGAGUCCUCGAGAAUAUACUGAACACGAAAGGCGUCAAUUACUAAUUGCCAGAUUGCCAAAUGUGGAAACAUUAAAUGGUGGUGGUGUUAUAUCUGCUCAAGAACGCGAGGACGCUGAAAGAGCAUUUAUUCGUUACUACAUGGACAAGACGGAAGUUGACAGACCAGAGAGAUACGCUGAACUUGUUGGUAUACACGGAAAGUUGGAUCCAUUAGUUCAUGUUGAUUUGACACCAGAAAAACGAGUCAAGGUUAAAUUCACAUAUGGUGAUCUUGUUGAGAUGAGAUGUGUCGACGUUUACAAAACAGUUUUUGAAUUAAAAACAAAAUUGGAAUCUAUGGUUAAAAUACCAGCAAAUAAAAUGAGAUUAUUCUAUGUUGAUCAGGUAAUGAAAACACAAUAUGGACCUGAAGAAAUGUUAUAUCCCAGCAAACAAUUGUACAGAUAUAACAUCAGAAAUGGUGAUGAAAUAAUCAUUGACAGUAAAUUAAAUCGUGUUGUGUCAUCUUCAUCAAGUACAUCAUCAAUUCGUUCGUAAAAAAAAAAAAUUAAAAAAUACCUAUUCAAGCAAUUAUGAGGCAAUUUUUAUAAUUAAAAUUGAAUAUUUAAUACAAAUCAUUGUUGAUGUGAUUAAUUAAAUUUUCAUUGAUUAUUUUUUAUUAUAAUUCUCAGUAAUUACAGAAUUAAUCUUAUUGGAGAAAAUAAAAAUAAUAGAGGUUUUUUGUUAUUUUUAUUUGGAUAACUGAAAGUGUCAUUUCAAUUUGAAUGACAUUCACAUGUAUAUAAAGCAAUUUAAAGAUAAAUGAUAAAAUACUUUUGAUGAUUUAAAAUACUUUUUUGCUAUACUCUGGUCGUUUUAUUGCUUUAUCGUGUUUAUUUUUUAAGUAACUCGUGAGAAUCGGUAUCUCUAAAACUGGCACAAAAGUUUUUAGCAUCAACGUGAAGAAAAGUCGUGACUGAGUGUCUCAUAGAUGAUGUUAAAAAAAUAAAAUUAAAUAAAUAUUUAAAAAAAUGAUAAUUUUAUAGCAAUAGAUUCAGAGAUACCCGAUGAGGAUCAUUGUUGUAGCAAAAAAAAAAAAGAACAAAAAAAAUAAACAGUCAACUAUUUUUGUAGAUAAUAUUACCCGUAAAAAAUUUACAUUAAAAUAUAAAUCAUGAUUAUAUAAUUUAUAAAUAAUUAAUAAACUAACAAAAUUAUUAUUUUAAAAUCGUGUUAAAUAAAUUUGUCCAUGUCAUUGACUACAUGACUGGUAUAAAGAAUCAAUAAAACUAUUUGGUGAAAUUGGAUCGAAAAAAAAAAAUUUAUAAUUCAAAAUGAUUAUCAAAUAAAGCCAUAGAGUAUUUGUUGUUUUACACUGGCUGUGACAAAUUUAUUUGCAGAUAAAAAUAUACAAUUAAUAAAACCAAUAAAUUGUCGUAAAAAAAAAAGAUAAUGUUUUUUUUUUAACAAGUCGAUUAACAUUGCCAAUUAUUUUGACUGCCAGUCGAAACUCAAAAUAUUUUAACAUGUUAUUUUUAUUUAGCUCAUUCAUUAGAUAUAUAUAAAUGAUUUUUUUUUUUUUUUUUGAUAAUAUUAUAAUCACUAUCUUGACGUUUUAAAAUGAAAAAUGAUAAUUAUAAUUAAUUGUUAAUUGUUGAUAAACCCACUUGUAAUAAAAUGCAUUAUGUAAAUUGCAAAAAGAAAAAAAAAAAAAUCGAAAAAUAUGCCAUCAUUUGAAGCAUUUUAAUUUCUGUUAUCAAAUAUAUAAU